UUUCGAAAACAGAAGAAACAACUAGACAAAGCUGCCUCAACAGCAGUUGCAGUUGUUGGGGGUACUUCAAAUUUGGGUCCAAUGCUUGCACAAGCUAAUAUAUUAGCCCAACAUCAACAACAGCAGGCAGCCGUUGCUCGAGCAGAUGCUUUAGUUCAGUCAACUUUAUGUUCAGUAAAUAGCUAUGGAAAUAAUUCUGGAACUAAUGCAAGAAAUAUUGGAAAUAAUAAUACAAGUAAUGGUGGUGGUGGAGGUGGUGGGGGUAUUGACAGUAAUUAUUGGUGUUCUGCUGCUGCAUACCCUAUGGGAAGUAGUCGUUCAAUGACUAGUGCAACCUAUCCAAAUGCUAUGAAUAUGAGUCCUUAUGCUGCAAUGAGUUCUUUUGGACAAGUAAUUGGAGGGGGCACUCAAUUAAACUGUUUUAGUUCAGCAGAAACAGCUGCCGAUGAACUUUAUAGAAAUUUUUAUAAGCAAAAUGGAAUUUCCAGCGUUGCUUCAACGGCAGUAGUUUCUUCUCCAAAUAGUUAUGGCCAAUAG